AUGGUGAAGGAGAAUGAGUAUUACGAGAUCUUAGGCGUCAAAACUGAUGCUUCAGAAGCUGAGAUUAAAAAGGCUUACUACUUAAAAGCAAGGAAAGUUCAUCCAGACAAGAACCCUGGAGACCCUCAAGCUGCUAAAAACUUUCAGGUAUUAGGUGAGGCUUAUCAGGUUCUGAGCAAUCCGGAGAAACGAGCAGCUUAUGACAAAUAUGGCAAAGAAGGUGUUCAACAGGAUGCAAUGGUUGAUCCUGCAUCUGUAUUUGGUAUGCUUUUCGGAAGCGAAGUCUUUGAAGAAUACGUUGGGCAGCUUGCACUUGCUUAUUUGGCAUCCAUUGAAGCUGAUUUAGAAUCAUAUGAGCCUGAUAUCAGAAAGCAAAUGCUUCAAGACAAGAUCAAAGCUCUGCAAAAGGAGAGGGAAGACAAGCUUGCGGCAACAUUGAAAAACAAACUUGAACCGUUUGUGGAAGGACGGACCGAUGAAUUUAUCGAAUGGGCAAAUGAAGAGGCAAAGCGUCUUUCUGCUGCCGGUUUCGGCGAGGCAAUGAUGCAUACGAUUGGUUACAUUUACACAAGAAAAGCUGCUAAAGAGAUUGGGAAAGACAAGCGAUAUAUGAAAGUGCCGUUCUUAGCGGAAUGGGUGCGUGACAAAGGCCACCAUAUGAAAUCUCAAGUGAUGGCUGCUUCUGGUGCGGUUUCGUUACUUCAGUUGCAGGAUGAAGUGAACAAGUUGAACGAACACCAAGGAGAGAACAGAGAGGAGCACAUUCAAAAAGCCAUCGAAGCUAAAAUGGAUGCUUUGCUUCAAUCUCUUUGGCAAAUUAAUGUUCUCGACAUCGAAUCCACUCUAUCUCAUGUCUGCCAAUCUGUGCUUAAAGAUCCAAGUGUUUCGAAGGAUGUUCUUCGAGCUCGAGCCAUAGGACUGAGGAAACUUGGAACGAUCUUCCAGGGUGCUAAGAAGCCGUACACUAGAGGAAGCAGCUUGCGUCACGAAUCUAACGUGAAACUUGACACCGGAGGUUCUUCAAAGGCGACGGCUUGA